AAUUAUUCGAGAUCCUCCUGCUGAUCGGAACUCGGAAGAAUCGAUCACACACUUGAAAGUUGAAGAUGAAGGUGAUUCACAUCCCUUGCUUGGAAGACAACUACUCUUACCUGGUGAUUGAUGAGAAAACGAAACAAGGAGCAGUAGUGGAUCCAGUUGAGCCUGAGAAGGUUGUUGGAGUUGCUAAAGAAAAUGGUGUUGACCUUAAGCUUGUCCUCACCACCCAUCACCACUGGGAUCAUGCUGGUGGCAAUGAGAAGAUAAAAGAGUUGGUACCAGGGAUUAAAGUUUAUGGAGGCUCUGUUGAUAACGUAAAGGGGUGUACUAAUAAGGUGGAAAACGGUGAUAGACUAUCGCUUGGGGAUGAUAUUAACAUACUCGCUCUCCAUACACCAUGCCACACUAAAGGACACAUAAGUUACUAUUUGACUGGGAAAGAAGAAGAGGACCCUGCUGUGUUCACAGGGGACACACUGUUUGUUGCUGGUUGUGGCAAGUUUUUUGAGGGCACAGCAGAGCAGAUGUAUCAGUCACUGUGUGUGACUUUGGCUUCUCUACCGAAACCAACUCGAGUUUACUGUGGCCAUGAGUAUACAGUGAAGAAUUUGCAGUUUGCUCAAACAGUUGAACCAGACAAUGCCAAGAUAUCACAAAAGUUAUCAUGGGCUCAGCAGCAGAGGCAAUCAGGGCUUCCAACUAUCCCAUCAACCAUUCAAGAGGAAUUAGAAAGCAAUCCUUUCAUGCGGGCUGAUCUACCUGAAGUUCAGGAGAGGGUUGGAUGCAAGUCCCCUGUUGAAGCAUUGCGGGAGAUAAGACAGCGAAAGGAUAAUUGGAGAGGGUAAUCACCUAAUUUCCAACUAAACUUCUCUCUGGUUUCCUGUUGCAUCUAUUUCUUGCAUGUUUUCUGUGUACAUUGUCUGUAAUAAUGUAUCACAUUAGAAGUGUCUGUCGUUGACUUAUAAUGUAAUGCAAGUCUUGUUCUUGCUGCCGAAACUUGGUUUGCCACAGGAAUACCUGAUAUGUCAAAAAUCACUCUAGUUGGUGAAUCUUUGGGGUUA